AUGGUUAAAAUUAAUGGAUGUGGCCUCACAUCAAUCCUUAAAUAUGUCCUUUCAGAAUGUGAUUACAAGACACUUUCACUUGUUUCAAAACGGUUUUUGUUGGGAAUAAUGGCAAUGUCGGAAAACCCUAUUUCGAUCAAUUCCACACAAUUGUUUAAUAAUUUAACCGCAUUUCAUUUAUACAAACGGAACGACAAACCAAUUGGAGACGUGCAAAAAAUCGUUGUAGAAUACCCCAUUUCUUAUUCAGAAAGUUUACAAACAAAGCACCAGUACAGACAAAUACUAUUAAAAUCACAAGACCUCAAAAAAUUGACUGUUGAACAACUUUUUACAACACCAAACGUAACACACAUUGCUCCUUAUUGCUUUUCCCAUAUCACAACAAUCCAAACACUUAUUGUUUCUUCUUCGGUUAAAUACAUCGAAAGUUUUGCAUUUGACAAACUUUCCUCGCUCAAGUCAAUUGAGUUAAAUUACACACUUUGUGGUGUUGGCAAACAUGCGUUUAGAGGAACUACCCCCAGUCUAGUGUUUCAUGGAGAUUUGUGUGUUGCAAACCUACCACUGUUUCUUUCAAAGCAAUUGUCUUGUUUACUUAGAAACCCAGAAUUUACAAAAGAUGAUCUGGCCUAUUCAAUUAAAACCACUCAAAUAAACGACUGUUUUGUUAUACCAAGUGAGUGUAGUUCAAUUGGUGUGGACUGCUUUUAUGGUUCAAAAUACUCGGAAAUUGUAUUGCCGUCCUCCAUUUCGUGCUUAUCUAUCAACGCAUUCAGAGACUGUGUGAAUAUCAAGAAAUUCAAAAUGCCAAAUUCAAUUUUUACACUUGGGUUUGACUGCUUUUUUGGGUGUUCUAAUUUGAUGGAAAUCAAACUCCCCAAAACAAUUUUUAGUCUUCCAACUGAUUGCUUCAGAAAUUGUUUUUCUCUUUCGAGCGUCAAAUUACCAGAAAGCGUCACUUGUCUGGGAAGAAGUUGUUUUGAGAAGUGUUAUUCUCUGUUUUCAAUUGUGUUACCAGAGACUGUGGAGUUGUUAUGUCAAAGUUGCUUUGAGUUGUGUACUUCCUUAAACAAUGUGGUUUUGCCCAAUAACAUCAAAGAAGUUGCCAAUGGUUGUUUUUAUGCGUGUUCUUCUUUGGUCGAUAUUAAAAUCCCUCAAGAGUUGUCUAAAUUUGGUCAUUUUUGUUUUGGAAAAUGUCCAUUGCGACAAAAACCGAAAUUAGCAAAAGAAAAGUGUUUUUCAAUGCGAUAA